AAUAACCAUCUCUAAAAUCUAAUGGAAACAUUUUCUUAAAGACUGGUAAACUUAAACGGAUUAUCAUGUUAAGCUCUUUAUUUAUUAAAUGAGUCGUCGUCUUCAAGUUAACAUACUUAUCAAAGUCGCUUCCGGCCACCGUUAUUAACUUUCAGUUAUUUCAGUUGGUUGCAAAUCACUAUCAAUCUAGGGUUUCAAAAACCCCCCAAAUGGUGCAAUCGCAGGCCUCAAAACCUGUUGAUCCGUUUCACGGAAGGUCUAUUCUCUCUCUACAUCCUCGAACGUUCAAAGAUUCCAAGCUCUCGUUGAAAUCGAACGAUUUAGAAGCAAUUCACCAGCAUAUGAGUGCAAUGGUAUUACAAAACCCUGACAAGCAUUCUGAGGAAGCAAAAUCAGUUAUAGAUAGCGUUUCAGAAUUCCUGAACACUAACGAAAACUCUGAAGAUAAUAUGAAGGAGAAUGAAAACCCUCAAAAGAAUAGACCAGCUUUGGCCCGGAAGCGUGCUAAGUUUUCAAUGAAGCCUGAUACAAGCCAGUCUUCGACAAUUCUCGAACCGACUUUUCAAAUGGAUCAGCUGCAUGACCCUGCAGAUUUUUUUGCAGCCUAUGAGAAGUUCGAAAACACCCGUAAAGAAUUGAAGAAACAGAGAGGUGAAGACCCAAAUGAGUCCCGAAUUCCCACUACUGCUAGGCAACGUCGACCUGAAAUGCCACGGAGAAAAACGAGUUAUCAGCAUCAUGUCUACUCCAGUCAGCCUGAAAAUGAUGCGUUAUCUUCUCAAAAAGCACUGCAAGAUACUGUUGAAAGUCAACCUAUACACGAUUGUCAACAUGAAGCAGUCACACCCAACAGUCAACCCAAGGAAAAAGAAGUAGCCGGCUCAGUAACCAAGGCUGAGGACAGAGUCAACAAGCUUUACGAUGAUUUAAUGUCUAGUAACAUCGCGGGUUUAGAUGGAAAUGAAGCACUGUCCUAUUUGCAAAAUCGUUUGAACAUCAAACCCGUUUCGAUAAACAAUUUACAACUUCCUAACUUCCAUGAUAUUCCUACAGUCAACCUUUUUUCAUCAGUCAACUCAAUAAAAGACCAGAACAUAUUACCCGAUACACGCGCUUUAUCGGAUAAUUUAAAUGAGAUCACACCUGCGAAACAGAAGUUACCCGACCAACCGUUUAAUCCUCUAUCUUCUUCUCCCACACCACCUAAAAGUCCAUUUUUCGCUAUUUCGACGUUUGGAAAACUUCUGUCGAAAUCGAUUGAAAAAUCGGUUGAUCCGUUCUCGUCCCGUGAUAUAGAUUUGUUUCCCCCCACCAAAACUUCUGAAGUCGUUAGUGGGCCCGCAACUCAUGUCAGCAAGGACAAGGAAUUUUCGGUUUCUGCCAACAAGGAAAAUCUGUCGGAACUUCUAAUCGGCAUUGAAGACCGUGAGCAGCACGAUAAUGUGGAAGAAAUGGAUGAUGACAUACAUGGAAAUGCUGAAGACAUGGUGGAGAAACCCGCAUCUCCUACAAAACUUAACUUAAACGUUGAAGAUGUUACAGAUAAUCUUCACUGUGAACAAGAUAAAGGGGAGAAUGAGAAUAUUGAAGAUGCAACAGAGAAGGUGGUGCCAACCUGUCCACCAGAAGAAAAUGUUGAGAUCACUACAGCACAAGAAUCAGAAAGCCAUUGUUUCCGUUCAGUUCAAACGGAUGAUACUUCUUUCAACGUUCCCGAUGCAAGUCUACCUGUUCAAAAUCCUGAUAUUGUUCCCGAACAACAAAACGAGGAACCCCCGAAGACAUCAAUGAAUAAGAGAAAGAAGACAAGAGCAAGUAAGAUUGAUACAAAAAAGAAGCGCCAUAGCCUAGCAGGGGGCGGGUCUGCUUGGACAGCUGGCGUAAGAAGAAGUAACAGAAUUAAAACUAAGCCCUUGGAAUAUUGGAGGGGCGAAAGGCUCUUGUAUGCACGAGUCCAUAACAGUUUGCCAACGGUUAUCGGUGUGAAGUAUAUCACUCCUACCGACAGCGGUUUUAAGGUUGAAUCUUUUGUAGCGGACGAGUACAAAGAUCUUGUUGACUUGAUUUCGUUGCAUUAGCAUUUUCUUGUAAGCUUUGUUUCUAUUGGAGAUAUGUGUACAACGUAAUCCGUCAUUUAAGAAUACGUAUGUAGUGUACAUGCGUCUGUAUUAGUUAGUUAUAGUUCAAUCGACCUUUUCAUAUUAUGUUUGUAAGGUUUAGUGUGAUUAGAAAUCCUUGCAGCUGGACUGAAUCGGCUUAUGUUUUAUGUCGUAAAACCAACAGUUUAAAUGAGGGUUGUAAUCACAUUUAAUAGGUGUUUGAUUCAGAUAAAAGUUACAAGAAAA